ACGCCGCCGGGGGCAGCGACGGCGCUGGCUGCAGGAAGCGCCCUGGUCCCGCCGGGUCCUGGGCGGGCCGCCGCCACCUUCCCUCCACGUCCCUCCCAGAGCCGCCGCCGCCCUUUUGCUUUCGCUUUCCCCAGCCAGCAGCUGGCGGCGGCGCGGUCAUGCAGGACGGCGCCGUCUACAACGAGACCACCGAGCCGCAGGCCAAGCCGACCCACCGCCCCUUCGGCUGCACCCUGCGGCGCCUCUGGGGAUGGCAGCUGGGGGCCAAAGCGUUCCAAGCGAUACUCUCUUUUUUGGCUUUUAUUUGUGAAGAAAUCGUGGAGGGUUGUACCAAGUGUGCCGGACUUUACAUCUUUGAAUUCAUAAGCUGCAGUGCCUUGCUUUUGAGCCUCCUGACCCUGUGUGUGUAUUGCACUGAUAUAUAUGAAAGAUUCGGGAAAAAUAAAGUACAGAUUGCGAAUCUUUUGACCAUUGCAAUCACAGGUGUCUGUUUUCUGUUAGCAUCAAUAGUGUUUGCUGUGACCAGCUCUGGGUCUAGUCUUGAAAAUGCUGCAUGUAUAUUUGGAUUUCUUGCAAGUUUUGCAUUUUUAGCUGAAAGUAUUAUAGAGUAUUUUUCCAGUCGGAAACAAAACAUUGACGGAUGCUCUGAAAAUCCUGGCAACACUCAGACUACCACAGAACACCAGCCACUCAAUACACAACGCUGACUUGCUGGGAUUUUUUUUUUUGAAUGGAGCAAAGUAAAAUGAACUUUCAGUGCACUGUAGGUAACAACUUCUGCCUCCUCUUCCUGAUCCAUUUUGUACGCAUUGCUCGUCACAAAUUUUUAUAGAUCCUUAGGACAAGUAAUGGCAUCUUGAGCAUCAUGUUCUAAGGUCCUGCUUAUUAACUGGCCCUGCCACCUGUCCAGGUGACAUACACUAAAAAAACUUGUGUCUAAAUAGAGUAACAGGAGUGUGAUGAUUUGGUUCUUAGAGGUGACUAAUAGAGGUUAAUGUGUGAUGCAUAAAUUCUGACUUAUACCCUGAAGAUAUUUUCCAUAUAAGUAGCUGGUCCAUUUCUAUUACAAGUUAUAGAUUAGUACGGCAGAAUUCAUUCUUGUACUUACCAGUCAAACUGUGAAUGUAAAGGCAAUACCUAACUGGAGUCUUACAGAAAUGCUUAUCCUUACAUAAGGGGCUUUGUUUUGUUUUCACUAGUCAUAUGCCUCAAUUCUGUCUGUGGAGAUCAGUUUAAUGGAGUAGCGAGUGUAGGGGUUUUAUGGGGAGAGUAAUGGAACGGUGUGUUAAGGAGACAGUUCUGCACCCCAUGGUUGUCAAAAGUUUGGACUGGUAUGCCAGAAUCUUCUUUCAGAUUGUUUCAGAAGCCACAAAAAUUGCAGGAAGAAACUUGAAAAGCCAACUAGUCAGAGGGAAAAGAUGAAGAAUAAAUAUUUUCACAAAGUAAUCCACAAAGUGGCAAUCUGAACAUCAAUGAGAAAAAUGUUUCAGCAUGUUGGUGCUCUCCUGGUGAAUAUUACUUGCAAGGUUAAUACUGUAUGCAGCUUGUUUAUGCGUAGUAAAUGGUAAGUUUUGCCAGAAUGGGUAUGGACCCCACCAUUUUCUUUGUUUAUAAAUAUGGCACUAGCUUGAGACUUCUUGCUACUGACUCCAUCAGUUGGUAAACAGGUAAAUAAGCACUUGCACCCUUAAUUUGUCUUAAAAGCGACAGGCUGUAGGACUGCAAGAAACACUACUGAUGCAACACGUAUCAGACAAGUGACAGACAUAUCAGACCAGAUGUUGAUGGCUGUAAAAGAAAAGUGGCAAAAAAGGCAUUUUUCAUAUGUCUGAGGUAGAAGCAAGGCUGCUAGACCUCACUUAAGAGGAAAGGCUUCAAAAGUCGGGCAAAUUGCUGUAAGCCAGGAGAUGUUCCAAAAUACCAAAGCAAAUGAGAAAAAGCUGAUUAUGCAAAACCAGCUCUUGUUUGAGUGCUCUUGACAUUUGCUGUGUCUUCCAGGCGUUAACUCCAUUUCAUCAAUACCCUGGUCUGGCAGAUUUAUAGUCCUGUAACCUGUUGUGGCAGCAUUGAGACUAAGCCCUCCAGAAACUGGCUGAGCGAGCGGUAUUUGAAAAAGGAUGAGGAAGCUGUUGUAGGACAAAGGACUGUAAAAGAAGGUCAAAGCUUUUUUCCAGUGCUGCCACUUUCUGAUGAAUGUGAGUUUGUGAUGUUCUAAGCUCUGAGACUUAAGCCUAACACUACACUUCGCUUGGAGGAUGUAGAAUUUUGACAGGUGGUAUGAAGCAUCAAGUUUAAGCUGUAGCUUGGUUUCAGAGCCAUGCACAAAAUACAAACUUUCUUUCAUAGAAUUUUCUGCUUUGCAAAAAAGAAAUGUUCUUUGGUCUGGCUUUUCUUUCUUGUAUUUAUUAGUGGCCAUUUGCACUAAACCCUGAUCUCAGUCUAGGUGUACAGAGCUUGCUGUACCUGUCUCUGAAAACUGGGUAGAUGAGAGAUGUUUUGUUUACAAGCAGUGUUACUGGUGAUAUGAAACUUGCCUUAAUGAGUAAUAUAUCUGCUAUGAUUUACAGUGUCUUUCUUUGGGAAUUGUGUCUGUAUCUACUGUUAACAUUCUAAGGGAGGUUUUUUUGGGUUUCAUUGCCCAGGAUUCUACUCAGUUUGUUUUCACAUCAAAAUGUCUGUAGUAUCUAAAUCUUCAUCUAUAAUUAAAAGCUGUAAAUAUAGUCUAAGAGUAACACUGUGCUGCUGAUAUUUAUUAAGCAAUGCAGCACCAUGAUGGGACUUUUAUCUUGAGGUAUUUUUUCUUGUAAUUCUUCUCAGCUUGACAAUAUAUGAACAGAGUUCUGGGUUUUGGUUUCUUUUUCUAUGGACUUUUCCCCACCUAAGUGCUUUGUUAUUGGUGUCCAUUCCCAAAUUGGAAAUAACUGGUACUGAACGGGAUCUGCAAAGUCAUCUCUGCCUUGGCCGCCCUGUCUAUGAUAUGUACUGCUGAUACUUCACAGAGAAACCGAAAUACAGAGCAAGCAAUUAUGAAAAGGUGCCACAAGGAGUUGGUGCCAGAAGAAGGUGGCUCUGACUGAGAUCUCCUGACUCCCAUGAUCUGACUAUUAGGCCUUUUGAAACAAAUACUGCCAGCCUUUGCAGAACAGUUUGAUGGAUUCUCCUACUACAUACAUGCUGGCAUCCCUGGCGUGGUUUGGGAUGUGUGAAAAACAUGUCAAAACCCCCUCACUCUUUUUUGUUUUUGCUGUUCCAAGUAGGUAGUUUAUAGCCAUUCUCUCACCGACUGACUGAUCCACGUAUAGAUUUGAAGAUCAGAUUCCAUCUCUGACUGAAAGGGAUGCAAGUGUUGCCAUCAGCUAAUGAAAACGACAAACGGUAGUCUUUGGGAAACUGGUUAGUUGUUUUCCCAUAUGUCACAGGAGCUUACUAAUACCAACAGACCUGCUGUUCUUUACAGCAAUACAUAUUGCUCCAUUCCAGAUACUGUUUAGCUGGCAUUAAUCUGUCACACAGUAGUUCAAUACUACAAGCAGACAAGUCACAUACUGGUUGUAGGUUUAAGGCGAUUGCUAAAUUGUUUCUUCCAAACCAGCUCUUGGCUAACAAAGCCAUUUCUGCAUGGUGGUACUAUUAAUCGUAGGCUUCUGAGUAUGAGGUGUUCUUUUUGUUCUGUUUUUAAGUAGUUGAGAAGCAGGUUUCCUAGUGUGUGCGCUGUUCUGUUCUUCUGUGAGUUCAUUUCCUUAACUUCUCCAUCAGCUUCCUGAGAUAAAGGGGCAGGUGUGUGUCCCUCCUAGCUCCUCUGCCCUCAUGGGCUAGUGGGUGAAGAGGCUUGCUGGCCCCCAUGGCUGAGCAGUCUGGUCUCCUGCAGUCUUGACAUGCCCUCUUUGAUGCUUCUGGGGUCAGAUCCAGGCUUUGAGUGUCUUGUCUUUUAAUUAGACUGAUCCCAGAGAGUGGCAUUGGAGCUGGAUUAAAAAUCUCUUUCUGCAGGAGCUCUGCAUGUGUGGCUGGAUGUCUCUUAUCCCUCCCGUGCUCCAUCGGCAAAGCGGUCUGCUUGUUUCCCAGCCUGCUGCUGCUGAAACCAGCCUGCUUUAUUUAAACCAGCUACUUAAAUUGCUUACUUUCAGUUGGCUAAUUUUGACUGAAGUAGAUUAGGCGUUGUUCAGGAGAGUGGUGGAUGCUCUGGCAGAAGUGCUCUUACAAGCAACGGUCUUAAAUUUCUUCAUCUGUGUGCAAAGUAACUAUCUCUGCACAAUCUUAACUGGUAGUAAAACCUGUGGAAGGAAGCAACUGUCCCAGUAUGUCUACCUGGGAAUUGUCUUCUCCCUUCUUCACUGCGGUGCUUGGCAGUGGUGUUGCGAGUCUGCUCAGCCACAUUAAAAGCUUUCAUCUUUCCCAGUUGAGCCCAUCCAAAAAAAUACUUAAAGGCUCUGCACCCACUUUCAGGCUUUGUUUACAGUGCCUUGAGAAUCAGUACAAGGACUUGUUAAGAGCUGGACUGUGAGUUUCUGCUCUGAAAAUCUGCACGUGCAUUAUGUAGAUCGUGAAUGUUAAUUUUUGUGUUUGGCAUUUAGCCCACAUUAAAAUCACAAUGCUACCAUGACUUUUGGGCUCUAAAUACGAGGCAGAAUUGUGCCUUACGGUUUGCAUGCUGUGCUUAAAAAUAGCAGGGAAGGGUUGUGGUCUGUUACCUUUGUACCUUCCGUCUUGGAAAAGCAGUGAGCUAUCGUCUCACACAGUUCUCGGAGCUCUGCACAAGCUGUUUUUGCGUAAUGGCCAUCAUGGUGAUCCUCGCUCAAAUUUGUGCAAUAAAAAUAGCAAGCUUUCUAUGCUGGAGCGAAAUAAAUACCUUGUGAAAUUUUUGAAAGGUUAUAUAAAAUUGUAACCAGUCAAGAUGCUGGUAGUGCCUUUAAGAUGGAAAUUCAUCUUUGCUUUAGUCUAUUGCUGUAAACAUAAGCAGAUCUCUAGAUAUUAAAUUUUAUGCUGUUCAGAACUAUCACUUUUCAUAACUUUGAGAAUUUAAGUGACUUUUAAUGAUUAUUAAAUCAGGAUGAUAAUACAGUAGUUUUAUACAUACAAAAUAAAAUUUUUAUACAGUUUUGUUGCCAGUGGUGCCUUGAAUUUCCAUUUAAAUAAUUUUGAAAUGCUUAAAUAUUUUUUCCAUUCUAAACCUGUGGUCUUUUUUAAUGUAUUAUGCUUUUCUGGUCUUAAGAACUUCCUAAAGUAUUUUGUAAUAAUUUUAAAAAUAAAAUACUAGUAAAUAA